AUGAGCUUUAUUUAUCGUUUCUUCACUCGUCAAAAUCAUAAAAAAACAACAAAAAAAUUACCGAAUGGGGUAUGUGGAUUAUAUAACUUAGGGAAUACAUGUUAUAUGAAUUGUAUUUUACAAAGUAUUGCUCAUUCUAAGUUAUUUCAAAAUUUCUGUUUAACUCAAGACAAUCUCAUACGUAAAGACAUUGCACCUGGUAAUGAAACACAGUAUCACAAUAAAAUUUCUAUUGCACUUAUUGCUCUUAUCCAAGCUAUGUUUUGUGGUGAUUAUGCUAUUUGUACACCUAGAGGAAUUAAAGAAAUUAUGGGAGAAAAAAAUAUAAUGUUUAAAGGAAAUAACCAAAAUGAUGCAUCAGAAUUCUUUUUAUUUUUGUUGGACGAGCUUGAUAAAGAAAUGAGAGGGACUCAAUCUGGAAUUCCUAUCUCACUACCUAAAGACGAUUUGCCUAUUCUUCCCAUUAAAAUCAAUGACCAUCAAGUUGGAGUGCCUGAGAUUGCUAAAACAAAAAUAUCACCAAAACCUUUAGUAUUAGAAAUUGCCCCAAGUGAAAAGACAGAAAUUCAUGAAGGAUCUCCCUUAAUAAAGAGAGGUGAGUUUGUAACAAUAAAAUUAGAGGAAGAUAAUCCUCUUGUUCAUUCUGUAACAAUACAAGAAACACCUGACUCUGAAGAGAAUAAUGAAAGAAACGAAAUAAAUGAACAAAAACAUGAAAUGUCGCAAGAAAUGGUAUUAACACUAUCAAAAAAUUCAGAAAACUUUUUGAAGAUUAAAGACAAUAUUAUAAAUGAUGGUUAUUUGCAAAAAGAAAACCGAAUUAAAAUAUCAAUGGGUUGUAGUGCCUUUGAAAAAUAUGUACAAAAUAACCAAAGUAUUAUUAGUGAAUUAUUCUUUGGCAUGUUAUUAAAAAGAACUCUAUGUGAUUGUGGUAAUUAUUCUGAUAAUCAUAACCCUUUUGCAACAUUACCAAUUGAUAUUCCUUUACCUAAGGAGGUAGAUGGAUAUUUUCCUGUAGUUUUUAUUGGUAAAGAAGGACUUCCUAAGCUCUUUUAUAUUUGGACUGAAAUUCGACCAAAUAUGAAAGAAUUAAAAGAAAGGAUUGAAGCAAAGGUUCAAAAAAAAAUUAAUGGGAUUUGGUGUGAAUGUGGAAAGAUUAUUCCUGUUGACUUUGAAAAUGUUCCUCAAGCACUUGACCUUAGAGGAGCAAGAAAGUUACUUGCUUUUGAAAAAAUAGAAAGACCUAAACUUAUUUAUAUUCAGGUCAGUGUUAGAGGAGAAUUGCGAAGACAACUUAUUCCAAUACUAGUUGAGAAAGACAAAUUGAAAGAGCGUUUGAGUGUUUUUGGUGUUGAAAAACCUUUUAAUGAAGAAAAAGUAAAGAAGGGGUGGUUGUUAACAUUUAAAGGGGAAGAAGAGGAUAUUGAGAAAUUUGGAACAAUGGAAAGAGAAGAAGAGCCAAAUCAAAAUAUAUUAAAUCCAAAUGGUAUAUCAUUAGAGUGGUGUUUAAAUGACUUUUUUAAAGAAAAUAUUUUAGGUAAAGGAAAUGAAUGGAAAUGUAGUCAGUGUGGAAAAAAAGUUAAUGCCAGACAAAAAUGUAUUAUUGAAUAUCCUCCAAAUGUUCUUGUUAUUCAACUAAAACGGUUUAGAUACACAGAACAUUUAAGUGUAGUAAAAGAUAAUUCUCUUGUUUAUUUUCCGAUUGAAAUUGAUCUUCAUCAAUUUGGAAUGGUAGGGAAAUACCGAUUAAAUUCUGUUGUGAAUCAUAGAGGGACAUUAAAUGGUGGACAUUAUUAUUCUUAUUGUAGAUGUGGUUCAGAUUGGUUUGUUUUUAAUGAUGAUACAGUAACAAGGCUUAAUACCAACCAUAUUGUGACAAAUAAUGCUUUUAUGUUAUUUUACGAAAGAAUUGACUAA